AUGUAUCGGACGCUGCUCCGUGGGGCCGUGAUAGCUCAGAAGGCCGAGUUCAAGUUGUCGGAAAUGCAGGCUCUUCGAAGAAAGCUUGAAUCUUCUGGUAAGGCGAACAAUGACUUCAAGGUGCAAGUCGAGCUGCUUCAGGGGCAGCUGUCCGAGGUGGGGAAAAAGCUCAAGGCUGCUGAGGAGAAAACAGAGUCUACCGAGGAGAAAUUGAAGGCUUCCGAUGAGACUGUGUCCCAUUUAACCGAGCGGGAGAUGACCCUAGAGAGCCAGCUGAGUGCCGCGCAGGGUCGGGUGGCAGCCUUGGAGAAGGAACGCGACCAGGCCGUUUCGUCGGCUAAAGCUGCUAAAGCCGAGGUCGACGAGCUUAAGAGGAAGCACAAGGCGACGAAGGAGCAAGGGAAGAAUGCGAUCUUCAUGACCGAGGAGGCUCUGAAGGCUCAGGUGAAGAUCGUGGCUCCAGACUUCGAUACGUCGGCUAUUGGGGUCUUCAAAACGAUCCAGCACUGCAAGAUUGUUGACACCGAAAAUGAACUCUUGUAA